AUGAGACAAAGUGUGGUGUUCCUCCUUGGUGUAGGGAGCUUACAGCUGUUUGCACAGAGCAACUGGACUGGACCUCCUACUGACUUAGAGCCUCAGGAUUUUCUUCCACCUGAAAUAUUGCAACAGUAUAAUGAGACCAGUGCCUUGUCAACUUCUAUCUUAGGGAUGCUGGUUCUAGAUGGUGAAUCAAUAUACAGCUUGACUACCCACCCUAUCUUGUUGAUGCUGGCUAGAGUCAUCCUUGUGAAUUCCAGAAAUAAGCUAGAAGCUAUUCAGACAUUGCCCUGGUGGACACUACGAUGUAUUAAUCUCCACCAGCAGCUGCUAGAAGAAAAGUCACCUGAACUCUUUGCUGUUGCCCAGGCCUGUAUACAACAAGUUUUUGAAAUUGAGACUUUGUUCAACGAUGAUGAAUGUUGGCAACUUGCUGUUCAAUUUCAUCUAGAAUGUGCUUACACAUUUUUGAAUUAUUACGAGUAUAAAAAAGCCAAAGAACAUUUCCUUGCAGCUAAAGACAUAACUAAGUUACAGAUUGAGUUGACAGGUAUGUUCUUUUCCAAGUUCUUGAAUAUUAAUCUGUAUUAAUAUUAAUACACCAA